AAGCAUGUCAGCUGCAAGUCUUCUAUAUUAUAAGUACAUAGAAUGUGCUUUCCUGGGAUUUUUAUGGUUCUUGAAAAAAGAAAUUAGCUUGGGAUUCUUGAAAUUUUUCUAGCUUUUACUUUGUCCAAACAUGUUGGCUGUGUUUGAGCAAUCCAUUGGUAGGCCACCUCCAGAGUUGAGCCUUCCUCAAGCAGGUAUACAGAAAAAGGAGGCUAAAACAAGGGAAGAGAUUGCAGAAAGUUUCAAAACAUGGAAGCAAGACUCAACUUUUUACCACCUUUUCAAUGGGAAUUUCAUGGCUUUUUCUCAUGGAAAUGAAAACCCUUUACAACCAAGGUCUAUUGUUGUGAUGGAUGAUGUCUUCUGCAUAUUCUCUGGGGCUUUAGAUAACACUUUUGAUUUGAGAAAACAUUAUGGUCUUUCAAGACAAGCCACAGAGGCUAUGAUUAUGGUUGAAGCUUACAAAGUUUUAAGGGAUCGGGCGCCAUACCCUCCUGAUCAAGUCAUCAAAGAACUUGAAGGCAAAUUUGCUUUCAUUCUGUUUGACUCAAAAGCUUCUACUCUUUUUCUUGCCAGGGAUCGCGAUGGAUGUGUGCCGUUACACUGGGGAACUGCUGCAGAUGGGUCUUUAGUAUGUUCCGAUGAUUCAGAGUUCAUUCAAGCUUCUUGUGGAAAAUUCUAUACCCCAUUUCCUCCAGGGUGUAUCUUCAUAAGUGACACUGGACUAAUAAGCUUUGAUCAUCCACUGCACAAAGUAAAAGCAAUUGCACGCGAAGAUGAUGAAGGAAACAUCAAUGCUGUGAUUUUCCAGGUGGAUUUGUACACCAAACUCCACAGCAUUCCACGCCGGGGAAGUGCUGCCAAUUGGGCAGGUGCCACUGUGGUUGAAGGAGACUGAAGGCUUAAAACUUUGUUUUGAGGAGAAAUUGCUGAAUGCUGAUUGACAUUAGGCAAAGUAACAACAAAUAUAUUCAGCAUUAUAUUCCAAAUACUAGUAGCAAGUCUAUUUUUACAGUGCAUGAGGAGGUUUAGCAAAUUGUCCAACUGAUUAUAUCCCAAUCCACUGUAAACUAGUUUUAUUUAAGUUCGUUGGAAGUGAGUAUUCUUAGACAGUGUAUACAGUUUUUUGGCUGAAGCUACAUAUAUAGUUCCUUUUUUUUUGGUU